GUUCUAUACAUGUUCUAGUGCCUGAUCUUGUGAACACAACCAUGUCGACACCCUCAACCAAGACUCUUGACCACAUCGUGCAUCUCACACCUCCUGGCUCAGUGGAUGAGGUAUCACGACAAUUCCGUGAACUUGGCUUCCAGUGCUGUCCUCCAGGUGGUACACACGCUGGGGGACUGACACAAAAUGCGCUCGUGGUACUGCAAGACGGCGCAUACCUUGAACUCAUUUCUUUCACGCACCCAGCGUCGCAUUACCCACCAGGAUCACCUGAGCGCCAGAAACGGGAUGCCGAUCCCUGGGCAUGGAAAGAACCUGGUUGGAUUGACUAUGCGUUCCUCGGGUCUUCCAACACAUCAAUAUCAAAGCUUAUAAACGCCCGAGCCAAGAAGGAUAAGAGUGGGAUUCGAUAUGAUCCAGAAGUUGAUGGAGGAAGAGAGCGCAGCGAUGGCAAGGUAUUAAAGUGGCGGAUCUCUGCACCAUCACAGGAUGCUGGCAGAGGAGUUGCCCCAUUCUUCUGCGGAGAUGUCACACCAAGGGAAUGGAGGGUCCCACUCGAUCCCCCUUCGAAUGCAGAACAUCCGUCAGGAGUACUCGGGAUCGCAUACGUCCGAAUUUUGGUGGAGGAUGACGAUUUGUCGGACGUGACAGCGGAUAUGACGUCGGUCAUCGGCAGAUCACCUGUGUAUCACACAUCGCGAAGAGUAACUUGGGUACUUGACACGCCUAGCACAGAUGUCGCUGGAGGAAGACCCCGACUCAUCAUCAGUGUGCCAGAGACAGAGGGCGAACGCUGGACGUUGGAAGGAAGGGGUGAGGGUAUUUAUGAGGUUGCGUUUCUCGUUAGUUCAGGAAUGAAGGCGGGGCAAUCCUGGACGCCGUAUGGAAAAAUUGUUUGGCUAAAGGGGUAGUGUGGUGGCAUAGAAUAUGGAGGAUGUACGAGAAUAUCUGGGAUCAGGGUCGAGGAGAAACAGCUGUGUGUGUAUAUAAAGCUAGUCACCAUAGUUGAACGAUAAUUUUGAUCAUGGUAAUGCGAA